UUUUUUUUUUUAUUCUCUUCAAAACAUGCCAGGCUCCAAAAGAAAUGCUUAGCGUUAAAUAAAUCUACUUUUUGUUGAUAUGCAAUUUAAAUUCUUUUCUCCUUGGAGUCGCGCUAACACACUUGGCUGUUAAAUUCAGGAAGUUGCCGUAAGAAAGAAGACGCUUUUCAUUGCCAAUCUCUCUUUCAAAACUAAAAUAUCAGAUAUCGUCAAUUUCUUCAAAGAUGUUGGAGAAGUUUUUCGUGUUAGACUUAUUGUAAACCACAUGGGUGAGCAUGUGGGCUGUGGCUUUGUUGAAUUUUCUUCUGCUAACGAAGCAAAGAAGGCGCUGCAAAAGAAGAAUGGUGAAAAAUUGCGCUUUCGGUAUAUUUUUCUUGACGAGGCUGAGAUAGCUCCAUACCCUCUCCGACCCAAGUACAACAUGGCAGAGAAGCUCUGGUACGAAGAGUACCUUCAACGAGAUAGCCUUCUGAUAGAAGAAGACGGUUUGGAGACCAACCCGAAUCUGAAGAAACAGACGGGGAAUUUUGCGGUAAGAAGAUUACUUUUUCUGACGACGAUUGAUAGAAGAAGAUGAUGCUAUUUGGUGUUUAUAACCUGUGUUUUCGUUUUACUUCCGGUUUUUCUUAUGUUCUAGUUAACUUUUUGUCUGAGCGUACGUUAAAGUAAGAGCUAUAUACGAUUUGAACUGAUUAGGCUGACAAAACCUAAUCUCCCGAGGGACAUAAUUUUACUUUUCGCGAAUUUAGUCUCAACUUGAUUGGGUAGACUCAGUCUUUCACAUUACACCAAAAUAUAAAUAUGUCCCCAUUCUGUAAGUCACUCCUAUGAUUUAGACGUGAGGGUUAAGUCAAACCAUCUUCUCGGCUUUGUUUUCUCUAACGUUAUAUUGUAUUUUCUCUCUUUGUCUAGUAUUUUUCAGUAAUUUUAACGUUAUGGGCCCAUUAACCAGUAAUUUUAAGCAAUACAAGAUUCCAUUAAGCAACCGAAAUCCGAUAGUUAAGCAAUAAAAGGGUCCAUAUUAUGUCAAAGAAAACAACAAAAACACAUACGACGUCGACACUUUUCUUGUAGCGACAAAGAUAUUAACAAGUC